UGCCCCUGUUGUUAACUUGAACAAAAAAAGUACGCUUGACUAAACUUUAUUUGAAAUGAUCAGAAAGUGCGUAAUUUUUCGUCCACUGACAACUCGUGGUAAUUAUAUGCCUUCUGAUCGUAAGUCAUGCCUGUGUCAAAAGUGGCCACAGCUGUCAUACGGCAUUGCCAUAUCUGGCGACGCCCCACGCGUGGCUGAUAGCUGUGGGAGUUGUGUUUUGCUCAGCACUUCCUAGCGGCGUCCUAGAGGAUGGAUAGCGAGGAUGAGAACGUGGAGGAGGUGGUGGAAGGUCCACUGGAUGAAGAUGAGCAACCUCACGGACUGUGCACGGUGACCUAUUCAUCCAGUGAUCGCUUUGAAGGACACUUUAUACACGGAGAGAAAAAUGGGAAGGGCAAAUUUUUUUUCUUUGAUGGAAGUACCUUGGAAGGAUUCUACGUGGAUGAUGUUCUUCAGGGACAAGGGGUGUAUUCGUAUGAAGAUGGAGGUGUCAUGCAUGGCACGUAUGUGGACGGUGAACUCAAUGGGCCUGCUCAGGAGCUGGAUAGAGACGGUCGUCUGGUGUUCAAGGGCCAGUACAAAGACAACAUCCGCUGUGGCGAAUGCUGGGCAUACUACCCAGAUGGAGGCUGCGUGUUUGGGGAGGUGAACGAGGAGGGAGAGAUGACCGGUGAAUCAUUAGCGUACAUCUACCCUGAUGGACGCACAGCUCUUCGUGGAAGUUUUGUGGAGGGAGAGCUCAUCGAAGCCCGGCUCGCCACCCUGGUCCUCACUGAGAAUGGAAGACCGUAUUUUCAGGUCACUCCCAGCGAUGCUGUUUAUACAUACGACAAGUCUACCUCCACUUGUAUUGCGACCCACGCUCUGCUGCCAGACCCUUACGAGAGCCGCAGGGUGUUUGUGGCAGACUCCUUGAUUAAAGGAGCUGGACAAGGUCUGUUUGCCAAGACAGAUGCAGAAAGAGACACUGUGGUGGCCUUUUAUAAUGGAGUACGAAUCACACACUCGGAGGUGGACAACAGAGACUGGGCGUUAAACGGCAACACAAUUUCAUUGGACGAGGACACUGUGAUUGAUGUACCUCAGCCAUUUGACCAAAUGGAGCGAUAUUGCGCCUCUCUUGGUCACAAGGCGAACCACUCCUUUACCCCGAACUGCAAAUAUGAUUUGUUUGUUCACCCCCGUUUUGGGUCGAUAAAAUGCAUCCGAACCCUAAGGGCUGUACAGAAGGAAGAGGAGCUGACGGUUGCCUACGGUUACGAUCACGGGGCGACUGGGAAGAAUGGCCCAGAGGCCCCUGACUGGUACAAGCAGGAGCUGUAUGUGUUCCAACAUGGGCAAGCAGUUCCCACAGUCCACUGAAGCUACAGAUAAUCCUUCUGGACAAUAUAACACCUUGCUGCUUGGGAUUCGUUUUGGAUUCCCUGUAGCCACAUAUUGUACCAUAAAUACAGUAUAAAAGGUCACUAUGCUGAACAUGCUAGGCAAACUGUUUCGAGCUGUAGCCCUUUGAGAUAAAGCCAAAAUCUAGCAAGAUUAAAAAAAAAAAAGUAUGUACGGGGAGUUAUAACUAUGUUCAAUAUACUUCUCAUAUUUUUUUAGAUUAAAUUGAGGGUAUUUUGACAUGUUCAACCUUUUCAUUUUUGGUAAAAUCCUAUCUGUAGAAUUUAGACCCACAAGUGUCGGUUUAUUCCCUUGCCCAACGGUAGACUCUCGGUAUAUAAAUAUUUAUUUUUGGAAACAGCUGAUUGUGCAGUCAAAUUCUUACAGCCACUUAGGCAAAACGCAUUUGAGUGGAUUAUGGUCUUUAUUCAGGGAGUUGGUUGCAUAGUGUAAAAUUAUCAUUGCUAAAAUCCAAAUAAAAUUGUCAGCAAAUUUUACCUAAAUAUAGUACGAUCCGUACUGUAUAUAUCCUAUGCAUUCUGAUAUGUAUACAGAUAGUGGACCGCGCAUUUGGCACCUUUUUGAGUCGAUGCCAAAUUUAAUCUACAGUAUCUCUCUAUGCCAUCAUCACCACAGUUUAGGAAACCAUCACUACUUAUCUCAUAACAUGAAAAAAAUAUACUGUACUCCUAUUUGAAAAAACAAAGUAAAUUGUGUGGCUCAUUAUUUAUGUCUAGAAAAUACUUUGCCUAUCAAAAUUAUAAUUUUUGUUCUGACCAAGCAAUCAAAAGACCGAUACUCCUCACAUUGAACUCUAAGGUUUUUGUCCUUUUUUUCCCCCAACUUCGCAUCUCGGAUUUAGCAGUUCAAAGGGCAAUUUUAUUGUACUUUUCCAAGUCAAAGAAGUCUGAAAAGGCUGUUUACCCACUCAUAUGAGGUAAAGAAGGCCUUGCCAACCUGGACUUUCAACACUGGUAUAUGAAGAUUAUAUUUGUUUUUUUCCAUGUGUGUUUAGUGGCUUAAUUUGUAUAUGUACUGCGUGUGUGUGUGUGUGUGUGUGUGUGUGUGUAUAUAUAUAUAUAUAUAUAUAUAAUUAUACACAAUUUUUUUAAGCACAGUUAUAAGUGAGGAUCCUAACGUGUGACAGGUGUUGUACAACAUGAUAUCCUGCGAGUCCAAAAUCAGGACACAUAUUUUAGAAUGGCGGCGCCCUUGUCACUGGGGCAGGUAAAUGAUUACCAUAAACUUCCUACAGUU